GACACGCCAUUUGUUUCCACGUCUGACAUCGUUCUCUUUUCUCUGGUCUCUGGGAGCUUUUGCAAGCUGGACCAGGCCCCAACACUCGCACCAGCUGCGAAAGAAAGAGCCCCGCAUGCGGCGCACUCAGAGUGACGACACACUCGAGUCUCCGCCCGGGUACGUCACUUCCGGAACGCUUCCUUCGCGGGGCUUUGUGGGUAGCCGACUGGGGUCUCCUGGCGACGACGAUGGCGGGGGAUGUGGGCGGUCGCAGCUGCACGGACUCGGAACUGCUGCUGCACCCGGAGCUGCUGUCCCAAGAGUUCCUUCUCCUCACUCUAGAGCAGAAGAACAUAGCUGUUGAAACUGAUGUAAGAGUAAACAAAGACAGUCUUACUGACCUUUAUGUCCAGCAUGCAAUACCAUUGCCUCAGAGGGAUUUGCCGAAGAAUAGAUGGGGGAAAAUGAUGGAAAAGAAAAGAGAACAACAUGAGAUUAAAAAUGAGACUAAAAGGAGUAGUACUGUAGAUGGGUUAAGGAAAAGACCCCUCAUCGUAUUUGAUGGAAGUUCAACAAGUACAAGCAUAAAAGUGAAAAAGACAGAGAAUGGAGAUAAUGAUCGACUCAAGCCUCCCCCUCAGGCAAGCUUUACCAGUAAUGCCUUUAGAAAAUUAUCAAAUUCUUCUUCGAGUGUUUCACCCCUAAUUUUGUCUUCCAAUUUGCCUAUGAACAAUAAAACGGAACACAAUAAUAAUGACACUAAACAGAACCAUGACUUAACGCAUAGGAAAAGUCCUUCAGGCCCUGUGAAGUCGCCACCAUUGUCCCCUGUUGGAACUACUCCAGUGAAGUUAAAGCGAGCUGCUCCUAAAGAAGAAGCAGAGGCCAUGAAUAACCUGAAGCCCCCACAAGCAAAAAGGAAGAUACAACAUGUUACUUGGCCCUGAAGAAAAGUUUCCAAAAAUGUAAAUAUACUGUAACUGUAGUUUUUCAAACAUGUUCAUAUAUAUUGACAAUAUUUACAGAAAUCCUGAUUAUUGUGGAAUUUUCUUAAGAGGUUCCAAAUAGGUUUAAAAAAAUAAAGGAUUUAUUUUCCUUCCCUUCUUCCCUCCCUCCCUUCCUUUUUUAAAAUUCUUGCCUGUCUUGCCCUGAUUAGGAAAGAAUAUCUUUUAAAACCAAUGGCUUAGUAUAUGUCAUUUAUACUGACCCUACUGAAAUCAUUAGCUGCAAGUCUGCUGUAAAGCAUCCAUUGAAUUGGCCAGGCACAGUGGCUCACGCCUGUAAUCCCAGCUUUUUAAGAGGCUGAGGCGGGCAGAUCACCUGAGGUCAGGAGUUCGAGACCAGCCUGACCAACAGGGAGAAACCCCGUCUCUACUAAAAAAUACAAAAUUAGCCGGGCAUAGUGGUGCAUGCUGUAAUCCCAGCUACUCGGGAGGCUGAGGCAGGAGAAUCGCUUGAACCCAGGAGGUGGAGGUUGCGAUGAGCUAAGAUCAUGCCGUUGCACUCCAGCCUAGGCAACAAGAGCGAAACUCCAUCUCAAAAAAAAAGAAAGCAUUCAGUGAAUUUUAGGAGUUACUCUCAUUAGCCUUGUUCAGAGUCUUUGGGGAAAUUUGAGAUUUUUUUAAAAACUCAAAUAUUUCACUAGUUUGCCUGCCAUUUUAAUUUCUUUUACAAAGCAGAAGCAUAUAAGAGUUUAUCAUAGUAUUUUAGUAAAUAUUGCAACAUUCAUCCUUAAAGGUUCACCAAGAAAAGCAUCUUUGUAGUACUGCUGGAAAACUAUUGAGAAUAUACAGAUAAAAAUGUUGUUCUUUAAUUGCUUACAUUGCUUCUUCCCAUAAAAAGCAAAAAGGAAUCAGUGCUUGCUAUUGUUCCUUUCCUUGAAGUUGUAACAAUUGAUAUAUAUAUUAUGAGUUGACUGGUCGAUUCUGCACCUGGCCCAUCCUUUAGAAUGUUCUUGUCAUGCAGCAGUCCUACCUACUGUUUUCAUGAGCAGUCUGUGAUCUCACUCUGUGAGUUCAGCUAUUACUCGCUCCGGGGAGCUUAAUCUUUUCAGAAUGACGUUGAUUUAAAAAAUCUUAGGCAGAGUAAUCGUGUUAGAGGUGGUAUUCGAUGGAAGAAAGUUUAGAGAAUUGGGAGUGGGGGUAGAAUUCUAGAAUUUAUAAGAGUCCAGGAAGCAUAGCAGUCAGGGGCAAAAAUUAGUGUAAUAUGGAGUAGGCAAUAGAGGAGCCACUGGAGUCGGAAGUCACUGCAGAGUGCAACAUAGGAAGAUGGACUCCUAGCUUACAUGCGAUUCCCUGCAGCUGUAAUAUAGACUCUUCCCACAGGGCUGUUCCGCACAGAAUUACCUGCUAAGGUUUUUUGUUUAUUUUUGUUCGAGUGGUAUUUUUCACUCCAGUUGUAUAAUGGAAAUCAGUGGGAAGAUAGGGUUUACCUUAUAUUCAUGAGUUCUAGUUUCUACUGUUCUGCUGUGUGUUUCUAAGCAAAAGCAAAGGAUACUUCAUACUUUUUUGUUAUAUGAUUGAUCUUCAAAUUGGGAUUUACCUUUUUAAAUAUGUUUUAAAGUAGUCUUAUUUCUCUUUUGAUUUGUUAAAACAAGCAUUUUAGUUCAGCUAUUGAAUAGCCUUCCAAAAAAUUAAUUCAGCCUUGCAGGUAAGUAUCAUACUAAGACUUUAACCCAAUAGUUUUUAAUCAUUUUGCCUUUAUUCCAGACUGUAAAUCUGUACACAUAAGAUAAAACAUACUAAGUACUGCAUAAAUUAAUGUUACAGUAAAUUGUUAUCUGCAGGGCUGAUAGACAUAAUAAUGUUGGUGGGCAACUGUGAUCCUAUACAUAAAUAUAUGCAAAAGGAGAUUUUAAAAGUGCAGAUUUUAGAGUAGAUGGACAAAUUUUAUUUUAUAUUCAGUUGUCCUUUCCGCUUCCUUCUGUGUAUCUCUCUUAGUUGAGAGAGAGUUAGCCAUUUGACGAUUUUAAGUCAGUGGGAACUUAUUUUUAGUUACUCAAUAAAAUUAAUAUUUUAUUUGUAUUUUAACUUACAGAGUAGGUUGGUAAUAACAGCUGAACUGUGUAACAUUGUUGCUUCAAAUUGAAGUUUAUAUUAUGAACAUUCAGAAUCAAUGCUCAUGUAGCAGCAUAUUAUUGAGCUAUUUUGAGUUUGAAAUGAUGUGGAGAAACGCUAAACCAUUUACUAUGGGUUAACAUGAUCCCACCUUCUUAGAGCUUUGUUCCUUCUGAAGGUGUAUGGAUACAGCUUGUCUUGAAAUGUCUUUCUCCACAUAGUGAAGCAUGCUGAAUGCUGGGAAUCUGGAGCAGCAGCCCUGGGAGCCCUAUGUUUUGAAGUAUUUUGGUUUGCUUCAAAGGUUAGAAGAACUUGAUAUGUAUGGCAAACAACUUUAGAAUACUAGUUACUCACUAACAUAAGGCGGAUAAUGUUGCUCUUGAUUCUAUAUUCCAGUAAAGCCAGCUUUUCUUAUUGGAGUAGGCAAAUGAAUGGCAUUAGAGUUAGUGGGUGGCUUGUAAGUUGUAGUUAUAGUCACUUUACCACUUCCUGCCAUUAGCAGGCAUCCUUGUUUUUUCUUCCUUUCCCUCAUUGUUCCUUCUUUACCCUUUCUCCUUACACAUUUUCUUUCUCUAUUUUAAUUCUCCUUCCUCCUCACUGUAGAACCCAAGCUUCUGGCUUAGGUUUGCAAGUCUUAUUGCUUGGCCCUCCUCAUUCAAUGAGGGGUGAAGAUAGGCUGACCCCCUGUCCUCUUACAUUUGAAGGAUCAUAGACUGCUGUGUGAAUUCUGGAAAGUCUCAGGACCCUACAGCACCAGGGCACUGAAUGACUUCUCAAUGGCUGUAAAGACAGUACAGUUUUCCAAAGUAGCCUAAUUCAUCUGGACAGCUAGCAGGCACUUUGGAAAGCUGGUUCAGUUACUACUAUGAGGCCAUAAUAUAUUUGCUAGUAUUAAAAUUCUUCAGAAUUGGAAUUAUUAUUUGAAAUAAUAUUUUGGUUGACUUAAGUUUUGAGAGACGAUUCUAAAACUGAUCUAGAGACUCAUUCAAUAGCAAUGUGACCUUUUAAAAACUUACAUUAAGUAAAACUGCCAGUAGAUUAAAUCAUAUAUAUAUAUAUAUAUAUAUAUAUGUAAGAGCUUCCUCUAUUUACUACUGUUGAACUUCAGUAAUUUUUAGAGGCUAAAUGAUGGUCAAAUGUUUUUAAGUGUGCUCUUUUAUUAAAUGCUUGUGCAGGUUUUGUAAUUCAGUACAGAAAAGUUUAACCUUGUACAUUUUGUAUGUAAAAAGUCUUUUAAGUAGCCUUAUCCUUAUUUAAAUAAACAGAGUAAAAUUACCUUGAGUAGGUCUGUUGUUCUUAUUAAAAUGGAAAAAUGCUCUGUGAUGA